AUGACACGUGCUCCUGUGGUUAGAAGUGGUCUUUCUUUCGCUGCUUCUUAUGUGAUUGUUAGGGGUGUCAAGCGAUUUGUAGAAAACCAUGUACCUGAAGAGUGGUUAUCAAUAAAAGAUCAAAAGGAAAUCGAAGCUACUGAAGCAUUAAGAAAAGUUGCAGAGGUUAUACAGGCUCAGCUUCCCCCUAUAGCAGAACUUGAGUUAGAUGAUCGAAAUUCAACUGGAUUAAAGAAUGUUUAUCACAUUUUCAUGAGAAAGAUGCUAGCUUUAAGACAAUACGAAAUUGAAAUUUACGUGUUUAUUAUCUUUGCUCUCAUAAUGAUUCCAGCGAUUGUCUCAUUCUGGUAUGGGACUCGUUCAAAUAGGAAACAUCUUGACAGGGAUUCGGAUGACAAGGGAAGUAAAUCUUAUAACGUACAAGAUAUGAGUGAAAAAGAACUGAAUUCAACACCUCCAAGUAGCAAACGUAAGACAAAGAAAAAUAAACGUAAGGAAAAGAAAAAUAGCAAUAAAAAGACAAAACGUGCGGAUGAUUCGACAAAUGAAAACUCUCCCAGUGGUAACAAAAAUACGGUACGAUCUAAUCCCAGUGAUGACAAUGGGAAAAACAGGCUUUUUCGUGAACCUCAUAAUCUACUUCUUAAUGAUGAUGCUAGUAAUGCUAGCGACUUUUUGGAUCAUAUCAAUGCUGUUAGCAAUUCUUCUGGUAACAAAUCUGACAACGUUUUGGGAGAUGAAGACACUGACGAAAAUACUCAUGAGAUUAAUGACAAUGAACUAGAUAAUUUAGCCAAGUCAUAUAUCAUCGAUAGGGUGCGCGAAAAGGAAGGUAGUAUACCAAGAGAGUUUCCCAAGUUGGAAUUGUCAUCUCCCCUCAAUGAUGGCUUGUCUAACCGUCCUUUGAGGUCAUCAUCUCAAACAAGUGCUGGAACAAAUAGCCUUGAUAGGGCACGCCACUCUAGGACACCUUCCUUCAUACAAUUCUCACCGACAAAGCAAAGCACUCAAAGCGUUCAAGUAGAUAAAAAUAAUGCCUAUUCACAGCCUUUUAGCUUUUAG